GGAUGCUGAGGGGCGUAUAGCAGUGUGUUGCUCCUCAUGGUCCUCAUGAUGGUCAGCGCUCAGGAAUUAACAUGCAUGCCUCUCAUUGCCUCCCAUUGCCUCGGAGCAGCGAGUAACGGUACAGUAUCUUAGGAGAGGAGAAACUGUUCCCAUCCGACUCCUUCGCACAAUAACGCGCGGAUGGAUGUGCGUGUUCCAGGAAGGUCGUAAAAACCUCCUCCUGGUGUUUUCUUAUUAAAAAAAAAAAAAAAAAAGAUGUGAGGUUGCCAGUUUGGAGCUUGGUUUCCCCCCCCUUAAAUUGGACCCGUCAAGCUGCGACUGGUUCUCGCUUCUUUUUCUCCUUCUCCGCGGAGCCGCCGCCGCCACAACGACGCACGGAGAUAUAACGGGACUUCUCCUCACUCUCAGCUUCACUUUAAGUCGAUCAUUAAAGAAUGGAGGACACAUCGGUCACUCACCUCACAGAGUCAACAUCUGAGCGGUCAGUUAAAAGUGGCUGAAUCUGAUUAACCAGGAGCCAGCAGGCUGACAGAAUCGGCGUAUUUACCUGCAAAGAAACCACAUCGAUGAUUUUUAUUAAGGACAUUCAUGAACCCGAUCCUUUGUCGUCUGGAAAAUAAGAACAACGGGGUAUGCUCGUCGGACGACGGUGAUAUAUUUGAGCCCAGCCGACCGAUUGUGACUGUGACGACAUGUCUCUACCCAAGCGCAGGAAAAUCAGGACUUUUGCUCUGCUGUUUUGCGUCAUUACAUUUACAACAUUCCUGUUCAGUUACACUUUCAGGGACCCCUCGCUCUACUUCUUCAAGUACGCUUUUCGCAUCUCGGAUAACUUUUUCUCCAAAGGACUGUGCGCCUGCCGACAGUGCAUGACGGAGCUGGAGGACGACCCCUGGUUUGCUGAGCGCUUCAAUCAAUCCGUCCACCCUCUGAUGACCAGGGAGAACAGCGUCCUCUCUGACGAAACCUUUAAAUGGUGGCAGUGGCUGCAGUCGGAGAGGCAGCCGGCCAACUUCAGUGAAGUGGUGGAGGAGCUGUUCCAAGUCAUCCCUGAUGAGGUGCUCUACAUGGACGCCAGCCCCGAGCGCUGCAGGACCUGCGCCGUGGUGGGGAACUCUGGGAACCUGAAGGGGGCGCAGUACGGCGGCCUCAUCGACUCCAGUGAUUUCAUCAUAAGAAUGAACCAGGCUCCCACCACUGGUUUCGAGGAGGAUGUGGGCGCCAAAACAACACAUCAUGUCAUGUAUCCAGAAAGUGCCAUAGACCUAGACAACACCACCAGUCUGGUGCUGAUCCCGUUCAAGACCCUGGACCUGCAGUGGAUCAUUAGCGCUCUGACCACGGGCACCAUUAAACACACAUAUACGCCUGUUACUUCCAGGAUACAGGCAAACAAAGAUAAGGUGUUGAUUUACAGUCCAACAUUUUUCAAAUAUGUCUAUGAGUCUUGGCUUGAAGGUCAUGGACGGUAUCCUUCCACUGGCUUCCUCAGCUUACUGCUCGCCCUCCACAUAUGUGAUGAAGUCAGUGUGUUUGGAUUCGGUGCAGACCAGUACGGAAACUGGCACCACUACUGGGAGGAGAACCAUUUGGCCGGAGCUUUCCGACACACGGGAGUCCACGACGGUGAUUACGAGUAUAAUGUCACCCUGCUGCUGGCAGACAAGCACAAAAUCCGAAUGUUUAGAGGCAGAUGAUACCAAGCCCGUAUGUGUGCGGCGGGAAUAACCGCCAAACGAACCUCAGCAGCCUUUCAGUGUUUAUUUUUCCCUCGCCUCACGCUGGAAGAAUGUUAUUGUCAUGAUUUCCAAAGACGUUCUCGCAUGAACUCCUCUGGUCUGUCCGGUUUCUUCACUUAAUGCCACUGCUAUUGACGAAGCAACAGAGCAACCCUCGCUGCUCUGUGUGCCCAGACAAAGACAACGACAGACCAUCGACAACACAAAAGCAACACUGCCAUUUGUUUGUGUAAUCCCCUCUGAAAUGUGUCUGGGAGUGAGAAAGACGAGACAAGAGAAGACGUACGGUCAACAGGCAUGCUGUAUCAGCUUUGGCACUAUUGUAUGUGUAUGCUCUUUGUGUUCUUUUUUUUUAUAAAUGGACAGCAUUGUGGCCACCUUAAGCUUUGUAUGGUGAUGGUCAUUGACAAUAAAUAAGCUCUGUUGACAGCAGUAGACAAAGUGCCAUAAUUGCUCUGUUGAUGUAUGGACAUUCAAGGAAGUAUAUUAGAAGCUGUUUACAUCCAAAUGGACAGAUAACAGACGUGAAAGCAUUUCAAUGAUCUUCUAGACCAGGGGUCAGGCUACUUCUACUUUCAGAAAGAUCAGUCUGGAGCCGUAAAACAUAUUCGAGCCUGAUAAUGAAGGUAACACGGCCUAUUAAGUCUAAUGCAGCGAGGACCCGAGUGCAAAUGAGAGGCAGGACACUGAAGAAACGUCUCUGGCUGGAAGCUCCUUUCAGCAAAUGCCAUGUGCUUGUUCUGCAAAUGUCUUUCAAUUAUGUCUUUUGUUGUCGAAUCUGUCCACACACUAUUAAUCUCUGUUUUCCUCAGAGACUUUUCUUUUUUGGGAUUUGGAAUCAAUAGCUAGCCGAUUGAGCUAUUGAGGUUCGGCCAAAAUCAAGACAAGAUAAGAUAAGAUAUACUUUAUUUUCCCGCAGAGGAAAUUGUCUUUGGCUCCCGAGCCACACAACAUACCAAAGUCACGAUGUACAUACAUGGAUCACACAUACACUCAUGCAUGACAGUGCUUCAAUCCACACGUUGAGUGUGAGACAGUAGUUCAUUAAAAUAAUAAAAGGUAAUAAAAGGCAGUAGUUUCAAAUACUAAAAUCAGUGGUUCUUUAAAAUAAUGUAAUGUAAUAAUGUUCUUUACAAAUUAAAGAAUAAGUCGCCGAGACGUAGACCAACCCUGUCUCCUACAAAAUUACAUUCCCAUCCCACAACUAAGCCGCAUUCUCAAUUAUGUUUUCGAGGGAAACAUAUUUUCUCCCGGAUUACGGUCACAGUUUUAAACAGUUUUAUACACAUGGUUAACGUCGUCAACAGAACACAAAAGCAUGUAAAAGGUUCAAAGUUAUAAAUUCCAAAGUCCAGGAGCAGGAGCUCAAACAGAGGGUUUCAGACUGAGGAUGAAAAGAGGUGCUGCAGCACAGCCAGCAUGAGAAAAAUAAUGUUUUUUUGAACACUAAAGCAUGUAAACAUAUUCUAGUAGAAACCCAAAAAUAUAAGUAUGCACCUGAAAAUAAGCAUAAUAGGUCCUCUUUAAGAUCCCUCCACAAAAUUCCCAGAAAAAGUACCGAGGUCAUGAUCUCAACGGCCUCAGAGCGGCCCUAAUAAUUACCCAUGAGCUGGUAGCUUCUAGCAUUAUUUUAGCAGAACUGUAGCUUCAGCUGUCAGCUGUAAUGGAAAUUCUGUUAAUUUCCCUAGAUGAGUCCUAUUGGAGGUUGGAAUCAAGAUCUCAAACAGAUGAGAUGUCUUUAUUGUAUUUUAUUCUUGCAAGAAGAGGCCCUGGUUAUACAGAGUCACACAGAGUCUGCAGAAGAGUGCACUGCAGGAGAAUAUUACAAUGUGAUUAUAUAGAAAUCUACAACGGGGAGUGUGGGAAAAGGAAUUGUUUUACACAGAUAAGAAGUUGUUCUCACACAGUGUUCCAGUAAACGCAACACUUUCCCACUACAUGAGACAUGCAGACAGAGUACACAGUAACUUUCCACUGUUGCACAAAGAGACAUCGCUAUAUGUCAUUUUCCAUUACACAGCACACUGUUUAUAGCAACGUCAAAGGUCGCAUCACAACAGAUUAUCUUUAUUCACAUCUUUACAUGGUUCAUGACAACCUGAACAGUCGGUGAUGAAAAUCAUUGUUGUGAAUUUGAUUGUUAGAACGUCCAGGGUGGCGUAAGAGUCGUUGAUAGGAUAUGAAAAAAUGACAGGAAUGUUUUUGAGGUGUUACGCAAACACCAGGUUGUUCUUGAAGGUAAACAUGAUCAUUCAUCAUGGAAAUCUGACAGAUAAUACAGGGGUGCCUUAUCAUUAAAAUCAAUGAUAUAACCUACUGUACAUUUCUGAUGUACAUUGUGACAUUUAUUAUUAAUACAAAGUAGGUGUUAAGUGCCUUUAACGGGAGUUUUUUAAGACUUGAUUUUUACCAUCAAAUUGUACUGUAUUGUAAUGAUUAUAGUAUUACUAAAUUUGUCAGCAACCUUUACAAGAUUAUGUUAUUGUUGUGUACAGUGUCAAUUUUAAAGAAUCACAUGCAUGAUACGUACAGUAUAAUCAUCUUAAAGGUGCUAUUGAUAACAUUCAGCCACUAGAUGUCGCAUUUUCCUUCCCCUGUUUCUUUGCAUUUACUUCACAACAAGUCGUUGCUAGGUACUUACUGUCAAUCUCAGCCAUUUAUCCAUUUUUUCUACUCUAUCUGAUGACACAGAGAUACCACGUGAUACCAAUGUCUUCGGCCCACAAGCCUUGUAAGAAGUGGGAACCAAACAUCAGAAAUCUUCCACAGAGAUAAACAAAACAUUCAUUUUGGACCCGCCAACAUUUUUUAAAAUUCACAAUCAUCAUUUUUUUUUCAGAAAAAAAAAAUACUUUUAUUCAGUAACUUUCUAAAUGCUCUCUAGAUGUAUUUUUUUUUUUACAUACAAAUGUUAUCAAUAAGACCUUUAAGUACUUGUCAGUAAGAUUGUUUUGUAUAUGCCACAGGAACAAAAUGUUGGGUCAUUCUAUGUUGGCAACAUGCAGUUUUGAUGAGCUAUAUGUUUUGUCAAUGUAGGCUUGAAAUGAUUAGCUGCUGAACUUGUUGUAGAUGUGUGAACACUGUAUGACCUUACGUUAUCAACAAAUCUUUGAUCUGAAAUGUUGUAGGUGUUGUCAGGAAUUGAGCUUGGUGGCGCUUCUGUAACAGGCUAUGAUUUGCUCCAUGUGCCUUGAAACAUAACGGGACAUUUGCCCGGUCGAUGUCUUCAUGAUCUUUUUUCCUCUCCAUGUGAGAGCAGGCCGAUGAGAAGAGAAACCACAAUAUUUGUCAGCCAGCUUGUAGACAACAGUGAGCUGUGUUCCUCUGUUCUGGAGGGGACGCUGUCACCUAGUGGACAACAACAUGAAUCAGCAUUAGCAUCACUUGAUUUGUCAAUUAUAAGACCGAUGUGAUGAAAACUGUGUUCAAAUUAUAAUUACCUAGUCUGUCACACAUCUACAUUUCCAUCCUGUUGGGGUCCUAAUUGUUGAGUAGUUAUAUAAAAACCCAUUAAAACAGCACCUUCAGAAUAAAAACCUUUUUAUAUUUGUUGUGUAUUUUUCCAGUGUCAGGUCUGACUUGUUUGGGAGAUAAUGAAAAAUGUGCAUUAUUCAGUUAUUCACUUAUCAGUGGAGCUUUUUUUUGCUGAAAUGUUUGCAAAUGACAAUGAGGUUAAUUAAUUAUAAAUAAUACAUUUCACAGCUUUAUGCACAUUUUGUGUGGGAAGUUGUAAUUUAGAUAGCUAGCGGCUACAGACCUAUUUUUUGCAAGUUGAGCGUAGUGUAAAUGAUUUGAUUGGAUGAUUAAAUAAAAGAUGUCUGUCAUUUGAAGGGAAAUACAUAAUAUUUCAGUGCUGUUAGACAGCAUGAUAAUUGUUUUUACAAAACAUCAAGGAUUUAUGCCUUGAGGCAACAACUUAUUUCACUUUCUGCUUUUGGGAUAAUUGUGUUUUUCCUCAUUCAUCACAUCUGUAUCACUUAAAUUAAAGGAUGAAAUCAGAAAUGUGUUCAUUUUUCAACUUUAAUUAGCGAGCAGGUGUUCAAUUGAGAGCCCCUCUCUAUGUGGUAUGUUUGUUUAAUCCACCAUUUCACACUACAACUACUUACUGUAUAAUAAAAAAUGUGUGAAUGCCA